AUCUAUUAUGUUCACCAAAAUAGUCAAAUAUAACUCAGAUAUCCAUGAUUAGAAAUUUAGAAUAUGCUUCCUCCCCUACCGGAAAAAAUAAAAUAAAUAUAUAAAGAUAAAUUCGAGAUAGAGAGCGAAGAAACGUAUACAUUUUCACUUUCACACUUGUCUUCCUACAAAAUCAUUUCCUCCGCCAAUCAUCCCUCCAUUUCCUGCAACCUCUGCAAGCUCCUUCACAUUCAUGUCUUCAGCCUCUUUCACCAGCCUCCUCACUUCCGACCACCACUCCACCACCACCUCCUCCGCCGUGGGCAGAGGCCUCGGUGAUCGGAUAGCACAGAGAACUGGCUCUGGGGUCCCCAAAUUCAAGUCCCUGCCACCGCCUUCGCUGCCGAUAACUCCCCCCUCCGCCGCCUCGCCUUCUUCCUGGUUCGCUAUUCCGCCCGGCCUCAGUCCCGCUGAGCUUUUGGAUUCUCCGAUUCUUCUGUCCGCUUCCAACAUUUUACCGUCUCCGACCACCGGGACUUAUCCGAUUCAGGGUUUCGGUUGGAAUAGUAGUUUCAAUACAAAUCAGCAGGAAGAGAGCAAGCUUGAACGCAACAACUUUUCAGAAUUCUCUUUCCAAACCCGAAAGCCUUUGACAUCUUAUAAUUUGGGAGAAGAGACAUGGAAUUACCAGCAAUCCGCCAAUCAAAACGUUCAAUCAUCAGUAGACAAACCCAUCACGAAAUCGGAGGUCAAGCAAAUGCAGAGCUACUCGCCGGAAGUGGCUGCGAUCCAGAAAAACGAUCAAAGCUGCAACGCCGCGCAAAUCGAAUACAAUCACUACAAUCAAAAUCAAUCAUCAUCGCAGAAUCGAAAGUCGGAUGAUGGUUACAACUGGAGGAAAUACGGGCAGAAACAGGUUAAGGGGAGCGAAAAUCCGAGAAGCUAUUACAAAUGCACGUUUGCCAAUUGCUCCAUGAAGAAGAAGGUGGAAAAGGAUUUAGAUGGACAGAUCACUGAGAUCGUCUACAAAGGCAAUCACAACCAUCCCAAGCCUCAAUCAACUCGAAGAUCCUCGUCGUCUUCAUCGGCUUCUUCAUCCGUACACCACCAGUCCUAUUCUGCACACUUCAAUGAAAUCUCCGAGCAGUCGUAUGGCCAGGACCGGAUCGAUUCUUCCGCCGCAACUCCCGACAAUUCGACGAUUUCGAUUGGGGAUGAUGAACUGGAGCAGAGCUCGCAGAAGAGUAGAUCCGUUGGUGAUGAGAUCGACGAUGAGGAGCCUCAUCCCAAGAGAUGGAAAUGCGAGAGUGAGAAUGAUGGCGUCUCUACAGUUGGAAGCAGAGCUGUAAGAGAACCGAGAGUGGUAGUUCAGACGACUAGCGACAUAGAUAUUCUUGACGACGGCUACAGAUGGAGAAAGUAUGGGCAGAAAGUGGUGAAGGGGAAUCCAAAUCCUAGGAGCUACUACAAGUGCACGACUGCGGGUUGCCCGGUGAGGAAGCAUGUGGAGCGGGCAUCUCAUGAUCCACGGUCAGUGAUAACAACGUACGAGGGGAAGCACAACCACGACAUCCCUGCUGCUCGUGGUAGUGGCAAUGGCAGGCCGAGCAUCAAUGCAGGUGCAGCCAUGGCGACUAGGCCGACUCCAUUGCCAAACAACUCCACUUAUCCGAUCCCAGUCAGCGGCUUGAGGCCGUCCCUCAUGGAGCCACAACCGGGCUAUGGCAUGGGAAGCUAUGGGUAUUCGAGUUUUGGGACCUACGACGAUGCACUGUUUUCCAGAGCCAAAGAUGAGCCUAAAGAUGACUUGUUUCUCGAGUCAUUGCUCUGCUGAAUAUGGAUAGACCUUGUUGAGUUCACUGUGUGUUGUGUGUGCAGAGGAGAGGGGUCGACAUGAAGAAGAACACAAAAUUUGGGUUUUGAGAGAGGGUUAUUUUUUAGUAGGUGAACAAGUUAGGAUUCGAUUUGUUGAUUGUUCAUUUUUUGGGUUCUUAAUAUUUGUUUGUUACCACAUGUAUAUUUCUUGUACAUCCCGAGAGAUAUAGCAUCAUAUCGCUGAAGUUUUUUAAAAAUUUAAUACAAAUAUAUACGUUUUACA